ACGUGGUUGAUGUCUAUUGAAGAGGAGAAAACUGCACGUCAAGAAGAAGCCGAGUUGUUAGUGCGCACAAUUAAUCUUUGGGGUGGCCAUCUUGUAGAUGAUGAGAUAAUAGCCAAUGUAGAUUACAAGAAUAUACCUAACAUUACCAAUAAAGUCUGUUACGAGCUUCAAAGUGGAAAGGUGUCUGGUAUCAACGGCAACUGGAAUCACAAUGGAAGCUCUCACCCCAAUGAGGUUGAAUCGGACAUGGAAGAACUUGUAAAAUUAGUGUUAGAUAAUUCCUCGUGCGGCAUAAAUAAAGAUAUGAAGAAAACAUUUUUAGCAGUGGCAAAGACCUUCUACUAUACUCAGAGAGGGACCCACGUGUUGGUAUUUCUUAUAUUAUUGCCAAUUAAAUUGUCUGGUACUUCCUCCAAAUUUAAGAGAUCGAGUUUCAGUGGUGGAGGUCUCAGCGCCGGCGAUGGCACUGAUGAAGGAGAAAAUGAUAUGGGCUUGGCAUAUAGUGUAAACAUGGUUGGAGGACUAAGACCCUGA